GGACAGUGUGAAACCCUGCUUUAGGAUUGAGGAGACGAAUCUUGCUGUGUGUGUGAGAGAGAGAGAGAGAGAGAAGGAAGAGUUCGCAACAGCAGUUACCCAGUCACUGGCGGACAUUCUCAGCCCAUCCUAUUUGAAUCAAUAUGAAGACCUGUCUCCUAUCUCUAGUACUGCUCUUUUAUUUGGUUCCUUGUUCACAGGGAGAUUGUGUGGCUGAGUGCCUCACCUGUCACAAACUCUUCUAUCAGCGUCAACACUUCAAUGUACUGGUCUGUAUUCUACAGUGCAAAGGGAAAGUUAUAUCCUCUGUCGUUUGGGAAGAAUGCAGAAAAAUUGCCUCAGCAUCACCUGUAGGUGUAAGUACAUCUCAAACCAGAAGCCUGUCUUUUGGUAAUGCUGGAAGCAAUAGUAGAAUCAACUCGGCAAACACUUGGGGCUUUCUUCAAACCAUGAAGACCAUGUGGCCCAAUGGCAGUGUGAAGCACGUCUAUGAUGAUGGGGCUGAGACCAUAUUUGAGAUGGACAACAGUCAACAAGAGACAGAGAGGAAACAUCAUAUCAGAGAAGUUGCAGAGGGCAACAGAAGUUUCCAGAAAAGAUAUGGAGGCUUCAUGGGAGUCAGAAAAUCAGUUAGGAACUGGAGCAAUUUGAACAGACAGACCAAUCAGAAGAGAUAUAGCAAAUUUCUGAGGCAGUACCUAGGACUGACAACACGUUCUACUGAGUAGGACAGUUUACCAAGCAACUUGGCUGUGUAAAUUUGAGAUUGUGGGACUGAGUAGAGCUGAUGCCUAGUCUAAAUUAUAGAGGAGUCAGCCUUAACAUUAGCUCAUGUCAUAAUUAUUCUGUGAUAGUUGAAACACCUAACUCAGAGAUAAAUGUACAGAUACGACUGCUGAACACAAUACUCUCU